AGAAGCAACAGACUGGAUCGGCGCGGUCGCUGCGCGCUCGGGUCAGGUGCGCGCCGGGAGAGCGACUCCAAAACGCGCAGCUGUAAAGCUGAUUUAACGCUGCACAAAAACCGAGAUCGCUUUGAAAUAUACACAAAUAUAAUAUAGAAAGCUAAGAGGGGGAUUUACCGAAGUCUCGACACAAAGACACAGGAGAGCAACAAUACUGUCUGCAGGAACGCUGAUGGAAACGCACCUGACCAUAAACCCUUGCCCAGAAAAUUCCGUGCAAUGAAGCAGCACAGACCAGCUGCAGGUGCCUUUGCUUACCUUUUAACUUAAUCCGAAGAGCAAAGAAUAAAUAAUGAACUUGACAGACUCUGUUUGGCUCUUGGAAGAGCCCUGGAACCUCAGCCGUGUGGAGGAGGAGGAGGACGAGAAACUUUUAUUCGGGAUCGGCACGGAUAAUUUCAUCACGCUUCUGGUUUUCGGGCUCAUCUUUACGCUCGGCGUGCUGGGCAACUCCAUGGUGAUCACCGUGCUGGCCCGGAGCAAACCGGGAAAACCUCGAAGCACCACCAACAUAUUCAUCCUGAACCUAAGCAUAGCAGACCUGUCUUACUUGCUCUUCUGCAUCCCUUUCCAGUCCACUAUCUACAUGAUGCCCACUUGGGUGCUCGGUGCGUUUAUUUGCAAAUUCAUCCACUACUUCUUCACUGUUUCUAUGCUGGUCAGCAUCUUCACCCUAUCCGCUAUGUCAGUGGACCGAUACAUUGCCAUCGUUCACUCCAGAAAGUCGUCCUCUAUUAGGGUGGCGAAGCACGCUCUUAUUGGUGUGGUGGUGAUUUGGAUACUCUCCCUGGCCAUGGCUGCGCCUAUCAUGUAUUACCAGAAUAUUUUUCAGAGAGGGGAAAAUCACACCUUUUGCUGGGAAGUGUGGCCGGAUCAGAACCAGAAGAAGAUCUAUGUGGUUUGCACGUUUAUCUUUGGUUAUGUGCUGCCUCUGCUGCUCAUUUCUUUCUGUUAUGCAAAGGUGUUAAAUCACUUGCACAAAAAACUAAGAAAUAUGUCCAAAAAGUCAGAGGCAUCAAAGAAAAAGACUGCUCAGACGGUGCUUGUGGUGGUGGUGGUGUUCUGCCUGUCGUGGCUCCCUCAUCAUGUAGUUCACCUCUGGGUGGAGUUUGGGACCUUCCCGCUAAACCAAGCCUCCUUUGUAUUGCGGGUGGCUGCACACUGCCUGGCGUACAGCAAUUCAUCAGUCAACCCGGUCAUCUACGCCUUCCUGUCGGAGAACUUCAGAAAGGCCUAUAAGCAGGUGUUUAAAUGCCAGAUUAGAACCAGUGACUCCCCGCUCAAUGACAUCAAGGACAUUCGUAGCAAAGCGGAUACGCCGCCCUCAACUAACUGCACAAAUGUUUGACUUUUUCUUUUUCUGUCACAUGGAUAUCGCGAAAGCUGUAAUAUUCCACAUAAGCGCUGUUAAUUUCACCUGGACUAGAGGGGAUAAGGCACCAGUGACUGCAGGACACGAUUACUGCCUCUUUGAUCCGGCUGUGAUUGCUACUGUACAUGUCAUCACUGGUGGAAAAAAAAACCUGUCUGAAACUGAGAAAAAGUCAUCCUUCUUCAACAGUGACCUCUCUUAAACUGUAGAAAGUGAGUUUAUUCAAAUCAAUGAAUUUAAAACUCUGCAUGAGGAAAAGAAAAACAAUAUUGGUGCAGGUCCAAUAAGUGGAAAUUUUUCAUAAAAAGUAAGAGUUGCAUUAAAAGAAGCAACACAUAUAUACCUGUAAUACAGUCUGUUUAAAAAAAUAAAUAAAUACUUGUAUGAUUUUGCAGGAUUUGGAUUAUUCAAUGAAGAAGUAGUAAAGGAUCACAAAAUUCAUGCAUCUGAUCCAGUGGUUGUUUUGCCAUCUUUGUUUCUUUAGUGAUGAAAGAGGUAUAGGAUAACAUGCUAGCUGAGCUAGCUUGAAUGAGCUCCUAGCUAGCUGUUUCUAAAACAGGUGGCUCCUAGCUACAUCCAAAACUGUUUCUACAAAUUACAUGUCAUAAACUAGACACAUUUAAGCCCAGUUUACGUGUUGCUAAGUACUUUUAGCUUGGUAUGCUAAUGUUAACCCUGAAAACCUGGACAGUGAAAGCAAACAAUGGUUUUCCGAAGACAGAAGUGUGAUUAUGGCGCAAUAACUCUAAAAAGCUACUCUUUUGUUUCAUAAAAAGGGUCUAGGAUAUGAAGGUCUUUAAUAGUCCUAAUGUGCUUGUGAAUUCUAGUUAAAUUAGUACCAAAAAGGCCAUUUUUUAAAAAAGAUUAGCAAGCAUGACUCACUAAUAUCAUGGAAACAUACAAUUUUGUUUCAAGUUAAGUUGAAUGAAAGUUGGCUAAUAUUUAACUCUGUAGUGGAUAACUUUUCUUUAUUUUGUCUGUUGUUACAGACACCAGAUUGAGAAUUAAAACCAGUGCCAAAACUAGUUUACUAGGAAACUAUAGGUGCCCAUAGACUAAAUCAACAUUGUCUUAACUUAUUUGGCAAUGACUUGAUUGUAAUCCCCGUAGUCCAUCUUUAGGGUUUAAGAGCCUGUUUUGAUUUGAUUGAACUAUCAAACAUGCUUUAUAAUCAUCUUAAAGCAAAUUUCAUAUGACUACAGACAAUAUUUUUGUGUAAUAGACCUCUGGAGUUUGUGGUCAGUAUCACAGCCAUCUGUUUGGCAAAUAGUCUGCUGUACCUCCCAUUGAGGAAAAAAAGACUGGAACUAAAAGAUUUUUUUAAUUGUUUUUCUACAUAUUGAAGUUGUAAUCAUCACUGUGUGUGUUUUGGGGUUGUUAAAUAAGGUACAUCUUAACUGCACUCAUGACAAGGAUCAUAUACAUGAGUAUUAAAUGAGUAACAUUUUUCAAGUAAGCUGUCCAUCCCUGCUGAUGGUCCUUCACCGUAGAUUAAAAAUAAAAGACCUACUAUUUAAGUUGCACUCUGCUUGAGAAACAAUGUAUUUUAUUAUUACAUUUGGUUGUAAAUACUAAAAGCUAAAGCUUAUAUUCACAUAUGUCUUUGGAAAUCUUGCUGUACUUGCUUAUGAUGCUACGUAAACAGUUUUCAGAUUGUGUUGUGCUGUAUCAAUCAGCCUGGCUGUUGAAUGUACCGAUGCUUGUUGUACUUUUCCUGGUAGCCAUCUUUGUAACCAAGAAAACAACAGAACAAUGGAAAUGAAGAAUUUUAAUGUUGUACAAUAUAUGUGAUGUGCCAAAUCACUGUAUAGUAGCUUUAUCUCAGUGCAACAAAAUAAUUUAAACUACACAAGAUGAGAGCUUUAAAUACAGUACUGCUCGGUAUUCUCUGUAACCACAAAUACUCUGCUUAAGAUUUUAGUCCACAGCACCAUCUUUCUCCUGACAACAGCAAAUACCGGUAAUCAGGGUCAUCCGAGUCUUGCCCUCGCUCUCAUUGAGGCUCUUAGAUGUGAGAGUCGAGGCAUUUUCUGACAGAGAUGCAGUUGAUGACUUUGCUCACUGUAUUGCUGACUGCACAGAUAAUUAUACCCACAAAGGACUCAGGAUUUUUUCUUUCUUUCUUUUUUUUUUUUUUUUUUUUUAAA